CUGCUCUGCUCGCCCUUGUCUCGUGGAUCGACCCUCAGGCUAAGCGGCAUGGCGGUGCUGCCAGCCACGUCACGCGCGGGGUCGAGCUGCCAGAGGCACAGCACAGGGAGGAGGCGGUGAGGGCGGUGUGGGAGAUGGCAGGGGCGGACAGGCGUACAGCAGAGCGCCUCAGGCUCGGCCUCGUGAUCCCAGAGGCGGUCAGCUGGGAGCCUCGGGUGAUUCUCCUCAAGUCCUUCCUCAGCUGGCAGGAGUGUGAGGCGCUCAAGGCCAUGGCGAGGAAGGCCCUCGAGUCAUCCACCGUUGUGGACUCCUCCUCCGGCAAGAGUUACCGCAGUGAGGUGCGCACGAGCAGCGGCAUGUUCCUCUCGCACUCCGACUCCGCCCAACCCCUCGUCAAGCGCAUCGAGGAGCGCAUCGCUGCCUUCUCCAACGUGCCGCCUCAAAACGGCGAGCUCAUCCAAAUACUCAAGUACGAGCACGGCCAGCACUACCUGCCACACCCUGACUACUUCUCGGAUCAGGUGAACGUGCGGAGGGGAGGGCAGCGGGUGGCCACGAUGCUCAUGUACAUUGAGGCGCCGGAGGACGGCGGCCAAACCAUCUUCCCCAACGCGGGCGGCAGCAGCAAGUGUGAGUGCGGCGGCGAGAUGAAGGAGGGCAUCUGUGUGCGCCCAGUCAAGGGCGAUGCCGUGCUCUUCUGGAAUGUGGGACAUGCUGCGGAUGAGGAGGAGGAGGAGGAGGAGGAGGAGGAGGAGGAGGAGGAGGAGGAGGAGGAGGAGGAGGAGGAGGAGGAGGAGGAGGCGGAGGAGGAGGCAGUCAGCAGCGGGCAGGAGGAUGAACCCGCCAAGACUCCUAAGGAUAGCAAUCCCUGGGACUGCUGUGAUGGUGAAAGUGUGGAGGAGGUCAAGAAGGAUGAGGAAGCAGUAGUAGUAGUAGAGGGGGUGAGGGAUUAG